AUGCCGAAUACCACGGAAACGGAUAAGAGGCAAACUAAGCUGAAGGCCUUGGAAUCCAAAAAACAAAUGUUUUUCUUACGGCUUCAAAAGCUUUCAGAUUAUAUUAAAGAUUUGAAUAAGCCUAAAGUUGCAGAAUAUUUCAGAAUGGGUUUAUACUCUAUUGAAACGACAAAACAAAGCAUUAUGGAAGUUGUAGAAGAGAUAAAUAUGAUUCAAUUAGACAUAAAUCCCGAUAGUUCACCAAAUUAUCAAGCAAUUGAAGCUGCUGAAGAUUUAUAUUGUCGUAUUAAAUUAGCCGCAGAUCAGGUAGAAAAAGGUUCGUUGGAUUCUAGUAGUAGUAGUGGUACAAUUUCAAAAAUUCCAUUAAAACCGCAACACAAAUUACCUGCAAUUGAAUUGGUAGAUUUUAAUGGUGAUCCUAAAGUAUGGCCCAUAUUUUACCAAAACUUCAAGAGUUGCGUUCAUGAAAAUGCUGAGCUAGACGAUGCGUGCAAAAUACAUUAUCUGCUGAGUAAACUCAGUGGCCGUGCCCUCACUAUUUGUUCUGGAAUACCUCCAAUUGCAAAUAACUAUGAAAGUAUUUGGAAGUUGUUGAUUAAUACAUAUCAAGAUGAAAGAUUGUUAGCUUCCACGUAUUUACGAUCAAUAUUCGAGUUCAAACCUAUAACUGUGGAGUCAUCCAAUCAUUUGAAUCAUUUUCUAGAAAAAUUUGACGUAUCUGUUAGUGCAUUCAAGCAACUCAACGUUCAUUCGAAAUGA